AUGGAUAAGAACGUAGUCACUUUUGAAUAUGUUCUCUACAGCCCAGUAACUCUCUUUGGAGUCAUAUUUAAUACAGUUGCCUUGUGGGUGUUCUGCUUGAAAUUGGACAAAUGGACAGAGACCAGAGUUUACAUGAUCAGCUUAGUCCUGGCAGACUACACACUGCUCCUUACCUUACCAUUCAUAAUGUACUUUCACUACCAUGAAUGGCCCAUUGAUACUUUUUGCUUUGUCGUAUUCGGAAUCAAUUGCAUGAACAUGCCAAUGAGCAUGGGCGUCAUCAUGCUAAUAGCGAUAGACCGGUACAUUGCAAUCAAACAUCCUCUGAAAGCCAAAGUAAUCAGGUCUCCACGGAAGGCAGCUGUUUUCUGCUUAUUUGUCGGGCUCUGCUGUUUAGUUUAUACAAUCACACGCAUUCGGUCAUUCAAAACUAAAGAAGGAUAUGUUUGUUUUUAUUCACACUUUGGUCAAAAUGUGCCUCAUGCCCUGAUCAAACCUAUUGUUUUCUUUUUCAUACCACUGGUUAUAUUGUUGUUUUGUUCCAUACAAGUCAUCCGAUGCCUCAGGAAGAAACAUAAUGCUGGUCCUCAUGAAGAAAAGUUAACCCAGAAAGCCAUCUGGGUGGUCUCAGUGAACUUGGCCACUUUCAUUAUAUGCUUCCUGCCUUUCCACUUAAGCUUUCUGCUUAGUUAUGUCCUGAAGGCCGUCAGAGGAUCGGACUGCGAGUUGCAGAAUGUCAUGCAUAUAACUUCAUGCAUAGCCAAUCUGAAUUGCUGCUUGGAUGCCGUGUGCUAUUAUAUGGUUACUAAGGAAUUCCAGGAAGCUGCAGCUCUCUUGCCUCCCUUCAACGCAAUGCAAUCCAGGUCCAACUUAACUCAAGAUUUACAGCUGCAAAGUAAAGCACCUGAAAUGGCACCAUUACAAAGUUAA